AUGAGUUUUGGCGAUUCCUCUUUCCUCCCUCUGCGCUUCAACUUCUCCACCACACCAUGUGAAGGCCAACUGAUCGCAAAAUUUACCACCCCUGCGGAGGUCCCCAAUGGGGAAGCAGAUAUCUUUUGGCAAUGCGCCGGACUGGCUCCAUACUGCUAUCAGGCGAAUAUAACGAAUGGCACAUCUGAUCCUACCAUGCAGCUUGAUAGGGAGGCACAAGUUGGAUGCAUUAACGAGGUACUCAGAACAACCAGUGUCCUUGUUGUCAAAACCAUGUCCACUCGUACAACAACCGAAACUGCAGUGUCAGUCUUUACCUGGACAACGACUAGUUUCCCUAGAUCACAGGAGACAUCACCCACAGUCACACUCCCGUCCCAGUCAUGGGUCACUUCUGGGGUGGCAACACCAUCAUCUACAGUGAUGAACAAGGAUCCAACGGGGACGGACACAACAGCCGCCCGGGCUCCGUCCAUCAUCUACAGUGAUGAACAAGGAUCCAACGGGGACGGACACAACAGCCGCCCGGGCUCCGGCUGCUGA